CUUUUAUUAAAUAUGAACCACGUGCAUUAUUUAAGAUAUAAAUAGCCUCACAUAUCAUCACUUCCAGUACAAGAUACUCAUCAACUUCCUUGAGUAAAGUCAGUUUUUCUGAUCAAAGAAUUAAUUUCAGUUUUCAAGCAUGGAUGCUAUUUAUGUCAAGCAAGCUUUGAUGUGUAAGCAAGUUCACAAGAAACUUGUUACUAGUGAAGAUCCAACUGAGAAUUUUCAUUUGAUUGACAUCAUCCAAAGGCUUGGUAUUGAACACUACUUUGUUGAGGAAAUCAAAGUGGCUCUUGAGAAACAAUUUUUGAUAUUGAGCAGCAAUCCAAUUGAUUUUGUUAGUAGCCAUGAACUCUAUGAAGUUGCACUUGCAUUCCGUUUGCUCAGACAAGGAGGCUAUUAUGUCAAUGCAGAGUUAUUUGACUGCUUGAAGUGUAGCAAAAAAUCAUUGAGAGUAAAAUAUGGUGAGGAUGUGAAAGGUCUCAUUGCCUUGUAUGAAGCAUCCCAACUAAGUAUUGAAGGAGAAGAUGGUCUCAAUGAUUUAGGGUACCUCAGUUGUGAGCUUCUUCAAGCAUGGCUUCCAAGACAUCAAGACCAUAUCCAAGCUAUAUAUGUUUCAAACACUCUUCAAUACCCUAUUCACUAUGGUUUGUCAAGAUUUAUGGAUAAAAGCAUAUUCAUCAAUGAUUUGAAGGCUAAGAACAAAUGGAUCUGUUUAGAUGAACUUGCUAAAAUGAACUCCAGCAUAGUUAAGUUCAUGAACAAAAACGAGAGCGUUGAAGUUUUCAAAUGGUGGGAAGACCUUGGACUGGCCAAGGAGAUGAAGUUUGCAGGUUAUAACCCUCUGAAAUGGUACAUGUGGCCCAUGGCAUGUUUUACAGAUCCAUGUUUUUCGAACGAAAGGGUUGAGCUCACCAAACCAAUCUCUCUAGUUUAUAUUAUUGAUGAUAUUUUCGAUGUUCACGGAACAUUGGAUCAACUUACUCUAUUUACAGAAGCUGUUAACAGAUGGGAGAUGGAUGGUGCAGAGAAUCUUCCCAACUUCAUGAAAGUUUCUCUGAGUUCUCUAUACAAAGUUACCAAUAAUUUUGCUGAAAUGGUCUACAAAAAGCAUGGAUUCAACCCUAUAGAUACACUUAAAAUAUCGUGGGUGCGCUUAUUAAAUGCUUUCUUGAAAGAGGCUCAUUGGUUGAAUUCUGGUAUUUUACCAACAACAGAGGAAUACUUGAACAAUGGAAUUGUGAGCACAGGAGUUCAUGUUGUACUUAUCCAUGCUUUCUUCCUCAUGGAUCAUGCUAAGGGUAUAACAAAGGAAACUCUUUCUAUCUUAGAUGAAGAAUUUCCAAAUAUCAUUUAUUCAGUGGCAAAAAUUCUUCGUCUCUCUGAUGAUUUAGAAGGAGUUAAGAGUGGAGAUCAAAAUGGUCUUGAUGGAUCAUAUCUUAAUUGCUACAUGAGUGAGCACCAAGAUAUUUCAUGUGAAGAUGUGCAAAGACAUGUUGCUGAGAUGAUUUUAAAUGAAUGGAAAUGUCUAAAUCAAGAAAUUUUGAACCCAUAUGUAUUUCCAUCAUCAUUUACCAAUUUUUGCCUUAAUGCUGCUAGAAUGGUUCCUCUCAUGUACCAUUAUAAGAGCAACCCAAGCCUCUCUAGUCUAAAGGAACAUGUCAAGUCAUUGAUUAAAUCAUGUUAGUGUUUGUUUGAAUUUAGUACAUUCUCAAAUUAUGUAAUUUGUGUAAAACUAAGUUGUUUCAAGUUUCUUAUUAUAAAUUAAGAAAAAUGCUAUUUCAAGCGAAAUACGACACAUGUGGCAUGUAUUUCACCCAUCCACUAGUUUAUGAUUUCCAUCUUUUUCUCCC